UUUGUUUCCUGUUCUUUUAAACCCGAACCUCACUCGCAUUUAAUCGAAGCCCUCUCUCUUUCUCCUUCCUCUUCCACUUUUCUCUUUGAUUCUCCACUUUCCGCCGCCCUCCAUCAAUCAUGGGCUGCUUUCUAGCUUGUUUUGGCGAUUGCAAGCGCCGAAAACAACCCAGAAAGUCCUCCGUUGAGAUUCCUUCUUCAAAUCAUGUUUUUAAAGCUUCUGAUGGUGUUUGUGCGUUGGAGCAAACGAAGGAAGUGGUUGAAGUGCCGCCGAUUGACCUAAUUAAGGAUUCUCUAGAGAAGCUUGAAGAACAGAUAGAGUUGUGUCAUGCAACUGAAAAAGCUUCUGAACCAAUUAUUGAGGAUAAUAAAGUGGUUCCCCCUAAGGAAAAUGAAAGCAAAUUGGAUGAGAUUAAAGAAGAGGAGAAGAGUGGAAAAGAAGAUGAAUCUUUGGGAAGCUCUAAUUUAUCACAAGCGUUUACUUUACCUUUGAAUCAUAGGUAUGAAAAUUGCUCAAACAAUGAUGAAGAUCAUGAAUAUGCAGAAGAAAUGGAUCAUUUAGAUGAAGAAAAAAGAAAAGAUGAUACCAAUGCUGAUGAUGGGCAUGGAGAAAGUAAGUUAUUGAUGGAGCAGGAAUCUUCGGAGUCUCUCUUUUCUUUGUCAUUUGGUUCAAGGAAACAGGUUUGUGGAGUUGAAGAUGCAGAAAAUGAGGUUAAUAGUCUUGAUCUAAGCCAUCAACAGGAAAAUGCUUCAUCGGAGAAGAAACCGGGAUGUUGGAACGAGAAUGUUGUCAGUUCUGUUCUUAAGCCUAUUGAGAAUGAUGCUCGUUGUUUGAGCCAUCAACCCGAUAACACUUCAUCGGAGAAGAAAACGGGAUGUUGGAACGAGAAUGUUGUUGGUUCUGUUCUUAAGCCAAUUGAGAAUGAUACUCGUUGUUUGAGCCAUCAACCUGAAAACGCUUCAUUGGACAAGAAAACGGGACGUCUGAAUGAGAAUGUUGUCGGUUCUGUUCUUAGCCCAAUUGAGAAUGUUACUCAUUGUUUGAGCCAUCAACCCGACAACGCUUCAUUGGAGAAGAAAAAGGGAUGUUGGAACGAGAAUGUUGUCGGUUCUGUUCUUAGCCCAAUUGAGAAUGUUACUCAUUGUUUGAGCCAUCAACUCGAAAACGCUUCAUCGGAUAAGAAAACGGGACAUUGGAAUGAGAAUGUUGUCGCUUCUGUUCUUAACCCAAUUGAGAAUGUUACUCAUUGUUUGAGCCAUCAACCCGACAACACUUCAUCAAACAAGAAAACGGGAUGUCGGAACGAGAAUGUUGUCGAGAAUGCUACUCGUUGUUUGAGUCAACAACCCGAAAACGCUUCAUUGGUCAAUAAAACGGAUGUUGGUUCUGUUCUUAACCAAAUUGAGAAUGUUAUUACACAUUGUAUGAGUGCUGCAAAAGUGGAAACACUGCCAUCAGUUCAUCGUUCAGAAAAGGAGAAUAUCAGUUUAGAUAAAGGCUGUGAUGUGCUGCCCAUCAGUCCAGAGCCUACUUUUCGGGCAAUGCGAAAGUCUAAAGAAAAUCAUAGCAAUUUAAAGCACGUCGAGGACGAGAUUGCGGUCGACACCAGCCUUUCGAACUGGUUGGUUGAAUCUGAAACCACACCAAAAUCCAAUAGUACUAGCUCCUCCAUUGGAAACUCACCUAUGUGGACGAGAAAUUCAGCUAAAAGUAAUGAAGAUAGGCCAAUUUUAGGAGCAUUGACAUUAGAAGAAAUUAGACAGUUCUCUGCAUUCUCAACUCCGAGGCGAUCGAGGAGUCGGAGUCCCGAGGAAGCACCCAUCAUAGGCACUGUUGGGACUUACUGGAGUCCUACAAAACAGGAUGCCGAGCUUAGACAGUUCUCGGCAUUCUCAACUCCGAGGCGAUUGAGGAGUCGGAGUCCCGAGGAGACGCCUAUCAUAGGCACGGUUGGGAGUUACUGGAGUCAUACAGGACAAGAUGCAGAUUCCAAUCCGGGCUCUUCGUGCAAGGGACCGAGGAAAAGCAGAGAGGACGAGAGAGUCAACUGGAAUUCUACUCCAUUUUUGGAAAGAUUGGACAUGGCUUUGGCAUCAAAUUCUGCUGAGGUUUAGUAUCUUUUCUUAUUAGAACAUUGUGUAUGUGUAUGGCCUUGAUUUAUAAAUUGUCUGAUCUCAUAUUGAUUUUGUAGAGAAAGUGAGGCAGUUUUUGGAUGCAAAAA